CAUCGUACUUUAAUGGGCUUUUGACUUAAAAGUUGUAUCCUCAAUCUCGUCUUCCUCCUUGCUAGGGUUAGUUAAUCCCGUCUUCCUCCUUCCGUCAAAAAAUCGAUCGCCGUCCUUACUGAUUGCGAAUUGGGGAUAUAUAGAAUCGCCGUCCUCCAUUGAAUCGCAUUUCCAGUGUCUAUUGAUUCACGAUUGGAUUAUGAUGAAACGCUCGCUCAGCCCCGACUCUUUAUCCUCCGCGAAGUCGCCGAAGCUCUUUCACCACUCACCGGAUGAUGGAGGAGCAGAGGGCAAUUCUUAUCGUCUUCCUUAUACCUUAAGCGAUGAAAACCUCUCCUGCCUUCCUAUAUCCCAGGCGAGGGAGCCUCCUGCUAUUUACCUGGAUCCCGCUCUUGUUAAAGUUAGACGAGACAGAAAAGAAGGAUACUUAGCAAAAGCUUGGGACUUGCUAAAGCCAGCGAUCAAAAUCAUCUUAGAUGAUGAAUACAAGAAGCCUGGCGUUCUCUGUUUCAAUACGAUUUUUAGAGCUGUUAAGCGUGCUUGCUUUGGCGAUCCUCGACAAGUAGAACUGAUUUUCGAUCUUGUCCAGCAUGAGUGUGAGCCACACAUUGCUGAGGUUAUACAGUCUUUAGAAAAGCAAAGCAGUGGCAGUGAUCCCUCUGUUUUCUUGCCACUCGUGUACAAUUGCUGGCUAGACUUUAAAAGGAAGAUGAUGCUUGUGUCUGACGCCAUGUAUCAGACUCUUAAUGGGUUGACAUUGUGGGACGUGGGCCAGAAGCUUUUCCAUAAGCAACUCUCCACGGCCCCUCAACUUCAAGAUCAAGUUAUUACCGGCAUUUUAGGACUCAUCACUGAUGAAAGAUUAGGCAAGGCUGCUAACAACACUAGUGGUCUCCUAAAGAAUCUUAUGGACAUGUUCCGUGGGCAGUGGCCAGAUGUGUAUAAGAACCCUUUUCUUGAUUCCACUUCUAAGUUUUACGCCGAGGAAGCAGAGCUAGUCCUGCAGCGGUCCGACAUUUCCCACUACUUGAAAUAUGUCGAGGGGAGUUUCCUUGCGGAAGAGAAAAAAUGCGAGGAGCAUUAUUACUUCUUUGCAUCUUGCCGGUCACGACAAAUGAAAGUCUUAGAGAGUCAGCUCCUCGAGGCUCACGUGUUUCUUGAAGAUGGUUUUAAGCUAUUAAUGGAUGAGAGUCUCAUGGAUGACCUUAGAAGAAUGUAUCGUUUGUUCUCUAGGGUAGAUUCGGUGGAUUAUAUAGACCGCAUUCUGAGAGCCUACAUUUUGGCAAAGGGAGAGGGAGCGAGGCAAGAAGGCUCCUUGCAGGAGUUGCAUACUAGCAUUGAUAAGAUAUGGCAUCAAUGCUUUGAUGUGUAUGAUUUAUUGGAUAAGACCAUCAGAGACUGUUUUGAGGGUUUUGGUCUUCAUGUGCUGGGUGAAUUUUCGGAUCAAGAGCAAUGGGAUUGCAUGGAGGAUUAAAGCUGUCUUGUCAAAUACAUGGAGGGUCGUUUAUUUACUGUUAGUAGAAGGUGUGGUUGUUAUUCUGGUAUUGUGUUACGUUUCUUAAUCAGCCAACGGGCUAAAUAAUAUCAGUCUUGUCAACAAGAAGGUAAUUAACUAGAAUCCACCCUUGGAUCUGCCAUAUUUCUUCUAAAUCAGUUUUGACCAAGCAAGCUCCACAACUCGUCCUGUCAAAUAGUUAAGAAACAAAACAGGACAAAAGCUGAAAAAAGAGCUGAAGUUUUCGAAGAUCAAACUUAUAGAACAGAACAUCUUGGUUCUAGGUUUGAGGAUAUAAAAGAAGUUUGUUUCUCUUGACAAUUCCCUAAGGUCCGUAACUCAUCUUCCUCCUUUGUUCAUUGAAAAGAUAAGAACUAAUUGAUCUCUUUUAAAGUCUUGUUUUCAAUUCCAUAGUCCUCUCACAUUGGAUGAUUGAUAUACUGUAAAAGGAUCCAUCUUGUGCUUUUAGUACCACAUUUUUAGAUUGCAAAAUGCUAUUGGUUUAGUGAUUCGACCGGAUUUGGUUCCGCAAAAGUUUGUUUGUGGACAUGCUAUUACGGAACAAUUGGUCAAGUUGAUGUUUUAAACAUUCAAUGUCUCUGAAUUUUAUGCAUCA